ACCGCUGUUAGUAUGCUUGUGUGUACUACACGCAUCUAGAAGCAGAAGCCCUGUUUUGCCUGUUUUGCUCUAAUUGGAUUUAAACUUAUUAUUAAUAAUGCCUCCAAAAGAUCCAGAAUUAAUUGCUCUUAGAAAAGAACUAGAAGAUUUAGUUGCAAAAUGUCAGCAAGACCAAAAAAGCAAACAAGACAAAACCAUUGAAGAAAUAUCUGAUGGGAUGGCUGAUGUGCCAAAGUGUAAAUUGGUCACUAAGAAAAUGCUCAAAGGACACAUUAAUAAAGUGAACUCUGUCCACUAUAGCGGUGAUAAUAGACACGCAGUUUCCGGAUCGCUGGACGGCAAACUUAUCAUAUGGGACACAUGGACCGGUAAUAAAGUACAAAUCAUACCAUUACGUUCAGCCUGGGUUAUGUCUGUGGCUUUUGCACCUACGGGCAAUUAUGUCGCUUGUGGAGGAAUGGAUAAUAUGUGCACUGUUUACGAUUUAAAUAAUCGUGACUCGAAUGGAGGAGCGAAAAUGGUACGCGAAUUAUUGGGUUACGAGGGUUUUUUGUCUUCUUGUCGGUUUGUCGACGAUAAAACUCUAAUCACUGGAUCUGGAGACAUGAAACUUUGUAUGUGGGACCUGGAAGCUGGUAAAAAAACAAGUGAAAUAGAAGCCGCCCACUGUGGAGAUGUCGUUUCUUUAUCAUUGUCAUCUGAUCAAAAUAUUUUCGUGACGGGCAGCGUGGAUAAGACUUGUAAAUUAUGGGAUCGCAGGGAACUGAAAUGCAAACAAGUGUUUUUUGGACAUGAAGCUGACGUGAAUUCUGUUUGUUUUCAUAACAGUGGAUUUGGGUUUGCUACAGCUUCGGAGGACAAGUCCGCACGUCUAUACGACAUUAGGUCUGAUCAACAAAUCGCUAUGUACAAACCACCAAAUUCCACUUCAGGAUUCACUUCGUGUGGCCUAUCGGUAUCCGGUAGAUUUCUGUUGGCUGGUAGCGAUGAUAACUCGAUUCAUGUGUGGGACACGAUGAAAGUCCAACACAACGGUACUUUAAAUGGACACGAGAACAGAGUGACUUCUUUGAGUGUAUCGUCGAAUGGUAUGUCUGUGGUCACGAGUUCCUGGGACAUGAAUGUACGUGUUUGGGUUUAAACGUGGAAAUUGUUACGUACUUAUGAUUACCUAAAAUGACUUAUGUUAAAUUCACCUAAUUAUAGGUAGAUAACAUAAAUAUAUAUAGUUACACUAAAAUUUAUUGUAUUCAUUCAAAUAAUUAAAACCAAAAUAUGAUUUGUAAAAUAUCGAAAAACUAUAUUAUGUAUAAUUACAUGCUUAUUCAACGAUAACGCGACCUUAAUACAUUUCAUCAUUAUUUGUCACGCUUUCCAUCCUCUCUACUACCCAUAGUAAGUAAUAUUAAGGUAUUGCGAAAAAAUAAAAUCGUCUAGGUAUUGUAUCUUUGUAACUAUCAACUGUCAGUCUAUAAUGUGUUAAAGUCUCGUUACCGUUACACAGUGUUAAUUUUACUAAAAUUUUAAACACAAUACAUAUAAUACUAAGUGAACUAUUAUG